AUGUCCGGUCGUGGUAAAGGUGGCAAGGGUCUUGGUAAAGGUGGAGCAAAACGCCACCGCAAAGUUCUACGAGAUAACAUCCAAGGAAUUACUAAACCAGCUAUCCGCCGCCUGGCUCGUCGCGGCGGCGUGAAACGCAUUUCUGGCCUCAUAUACGAGGAGACCCGAGGGGUGCUGAAGGUUUUUCUAGAAAACGUGAUCCGGGACGCUGUCACCUAUACGGAGCACGCCAAACGGAAAACUGUAACGGCCAUGGAUGUAGUCUACGCUUUGAAACGCCAAGGACUCAGCUCUCCUUCCCUACUUCCCUUCCUCAGUCAAGCCAUGGCGCGUACUAAGCAGACCGCUCGUAAGUCCACCGGCGGCAAGGCGCCGCGCAAGCAGCUGGCUACCAAGGCAGCCCGCAAAAGCGCUCCGGCCACGGGCGGCGUGAAGAAGCCCCAUCGCUACCGGCCGGGUACAGUGGCCCUGCGCGAGAUCCGCCGCUACCAGAAGUCCACCGAGCUGCUGAUCCGCAAGCUGCCGUUCCAGCGGCUGGUGCGGGAGAUCGCCCAGGACUUCAAGACCGACCUGCGCUUCCAGAGCUCUGCUGUGAUGGCUCUGCAGGAGGCUUGUGAAGCUUAUCUGGUUGGUCUCUUCGAGGAUACCAACCUCACUUGUCACAUUGCUUACUGCAUUUCUGCCGCUAUGUCUGGCCGAGGUAAAGGGGGGAAAGGCUUAGGAAAAGGCGGAGCUAAGCGCCACCGCAAGGUCCUCCGCGAUAACAUCCAAGGCAUCACCAAGCCCGCCAUUCGGCGUCUGGCUCGUCGCGGCGGCGUGAAGCGCAUCUCUGGUCUCAUCUACGAGGAGACUCGCGGGGUGCUGAAAGUGUUUCUGGAGAAUGUGAUCCGGGACGCUGUCACCUACACCGAACACGCUAAACGCAAGACCGUCACCGCCAUGGAUGUGGUCUAUGCGCUCAAGCGCCAAGGACGCACACUGUACGGAUUUGGCGGUUGAGUUUUAGUGCUUUUUCGUAUGUAGUCCUAUAAAAGGCCCUUCUAAGGGCCACCCA